GAACUAAGCUGCUGGUUUCUAGUUUGGCACGUGUGGACCUUGGAAUAUGGGAGAUGUCACUUCAUCCUAAAAGUGAGUAAGAAGCUGAACAAACUGAAGGAUGAACAAGCCUUGGAUCCGUCAGAGAAGUGAGAUCACAGGGCAGACUGCUGCCCCCAAAUUGGAGAGAGAGCUUGUAGAUUUUCAGUGGAAACUGGGGAUGGCUGUGAGCUCAGACAGCUGCAGAUCUCUUAAGUAUCCUUAUGUCUCGGUGUUGCUGAAAGUGGCGGAUCCCUCAGGCCAAGUGAAGAACAAGUCCUUUGAAAUGACAAUUCCACAGUUUCAGAAUUUCUACAGACAGUUCAAGGAAAUUGCUGCAGUUAUUGAAACUGUGUGAAAACUGAUUACAUGCUUGAUAAGUUAUGGCCAUCAUUCUAAAAUCAUGGACUUCAUUUUCUGUAACAAAACUGUAUAUGGAUCAAAUGAUAUUUAUUGAAUGAAAAUUGUACUUUUGUUUUUCCAUUUUUUAAUAAAAAAUCAUAUAAACAGGAAUUAGAUAGUGGUGAUCAAUGCAAAACUUUGUGAAUGUACUAAAAGCUACUCAGUUGAACACUUUGAAGUGUUAUAAAACUAUAUCUCAAUAAAAAAAUCAAAGAGUUGAAUGA